GGAUGCAACGAUAAUGACGUCAUCGAGCGAGGGCGAGAUCCUACAGGUGUCGCAGAAACAAAAAAUAGGCGGCGGUGGCUUCGGAGAGAUUUACGAGGCCUUCGACAUUCAAAACCAUAACGAACGGGUAGCUGUAAAAAUAGUGCUGAAGCAAAAAUUAGAAAAGGAAGUUGUUGUUUUUCGGAGAAUUUCCAUCAAAAUUUGCUCAUCAUUUACAAUAUUCCCGUUACUCAAAGACCUCAUUAAUAUAGCGGAGCUGAGUGACGAAUCGAUGCCUUUGGGUCGUGGUGAAUUGUAACA